AUGGUUUUUUUGUUACUUUCUAUCAAAGCUGAACUUGAGAAUGUAUCCGAUCUGUCACCUGUCGGCGACGACUUUGAAUACUUCUUUGAGGUUGUGUGGCAAUUCUUGGUCAAGUGUACCAGCUGCAACGAAACUCAUCCUAAAUACGUCGCCCUCAACCGUCAAGAGGAAUACGACGUCUCUGGGGGAAAAGGCGGAAAAGCCCACUUUGUUUGGAAAUGUGGCCUAUGUAAACGCGAGAGUUCGGCGAAAUUCGACCCGACAUCUCCUCCAAAACCCUACAAUGCAGAAAAUGGACAGCUUGCGCCGUUCUUGAAGAUCGAAUGUCGUGGCUUGGAGUUCAUCAGUUUUGAUCCUAGAGGUAUCUGGAAAUGCGUCGGUACAAAGGGGACUACAUUUCCUGAAGUGGAUUUGAGUGAAGAGGAGUGGACAGACUACGACGAAAAGGCCGCUCUUCCAGUUGGAGUUUCGGAGUUUGGUAGCACCUGGUCUCGGGCAUGAUGAACAGGAAACUUUAUGUAUUUGCUGGAUGUUACACAUAAUACCGCAACGGAAGGGAUACGCUCGCCGUACAAGAUCUUUAUGUCAAAGGCUGCCCAAUGAACCAACAGCUUCUGUAAUUAGCGAACUGUGUAACAAAGCCCACUGUCCCACCUCCAGAUUCCAAGUGCAUUCGGAUUUCAUUCGAUGAAUCAAAUUUUGCCAUC